AUGAUACUAUACUUCAUAUUUGUAAAAUAUGGAGGCGAAGAUGACCAUAAUAUACGAGGUUUCGAGGAUACGCAUGUGAUGAUAUUCAUCGGUUUUGGUUUUCUGAUGACUUUCCUGAAAAAGUACUGCUACAGUGCACUUGGUUUUAAUUGGUUUCUGGCUGCUCUUGUCAUACAAUGGGCUCUGCUGUGUCAAUCCUUUUACCAUAUGAAGGACAACACGAUUUUUAUUACCAAGAAGUUAUUAUUAGAGGCGGACAUAAUGUCGGCGACUGUACUCAUUACCUUCGGUGCAGUGCUCGGAGUGGCCAGCGGACUUCAGCUACUUUUCAUUGCAAUCGUAGAGACAGCUGUCGCCUGUUUCAACUUUUGGCUUGUCGCUGAUGUGUUCAAGGCAGCUGACGUAGGGGGAUCAAUAGCGAUACACGCGUUUGGAGCCUAUUUUGGUCUCGGUGUGAGCCUACUGCUGAAGCCAAGAAAAACGAAAACUGAAAAUGCGGAAAACACAGCGACCGUUGACCUGAAUGGACCCAGUUAUACUUCGGAUGUGACUGCUAUGAUAGGAUCGAUAUUCCUGUGGAUCUAUUGGCCGUCUUUCAAUUCAGCUCUGACUAAUUCCAACAGUGAAUAUCAACGAGCAGUCGUUAAUACAUAUUUGUCGCUAGCAGCUGCUACUGUAACAACAUUCGUUUUAUCAUCAGCUGUGAGCAAGCAUCAUGGUAAACUGGAUAUGGUGCACGUACAAAAUUCGACCCUGGCUGGUGGAGUGGCAGUGGGUUCAGUUUGCAAUAUGCAUAUCACUGCAGGCGGUGCUAUUGCUAUUGGCAUAGGCGCUGGAUUGUUAAGUGUUCUUGGAUACAGAUAUUUGACACCAUUGCUAACACGUGUUGGAUUACCUGACACCUGCGGAGUUCACAACCUUCACGGAAUGCCGGGAGUAUAUUCAGGAAUUCUUACUGUACUCUUCGCAGCCCUGGCUACUAAAGAGCAAUAUGGUGUUGAACUUGGUGGUGUGUUUGAAGCUAUGAAAGAGGAUGGCAGUGCUCGAACAGCAGGAAGUCAGGCCUUGAACCAGUUUCUUGCAUUGCUCGUGACUCUAGCUAUCUCGUUGGUUUCCGGUGCUAUGACAGGGUAUAUCGCACGGGCGCCGGUGUUGGAGCCAUUAAAGGAUAACGAAGAAUACAAUGACGAAAUCAACUGGGAAUUGCCCUAA